CGGCAUCCUGGCUCAGGCGCUGCGGUGGCGGGGGCGCAACGAGCGGGCCGAGGCGGCGGCGCCAGCGGCGCCUUAAAUAGCAUCCGGAGCCGGCGCGGGGCAGGGAGUGGGCUGCUGUGACAGCCGGCGACGGAGCGGCCGGUCCACGGAGGAGAGUCAUGAGAAAGUGCUUCCGGAGCUAGUUUCUCCUUCAGGACCCAGGUGUCUGCCACGAAGCGGGGCUGUGGUAGGUGACCGAGGUGGUGGCCACAGCCUGGACACGGCCAGGCUUAGGAACGGAGCAGUGAUGAGAGCAGCAGACAGAGCCAGGUGCUGCUAAGCUUCUGAUGGGUUAACUCUUAGUACCCCCAGCAACCCUGUAAGAAUUCAGCUUAGAGAACUAUCAACACAGGACAAUGCAAGCCCACGAGUUGUUCCGGUAUUUUCGAAUGCCAGAGCUGGUUGACUUGCGACAGUACGUGCGUACUCUUCCGACCAACACGCUUAUGGGCUUCGGAGCUUUUGCAGCACUCACCACUUUCUGGUACGCCACGAGACCCAAACCCCUGAAGCCACCAUGUGACCUCUCCAUGCAGUCAGUGGAAGUGGCGGGUAGUGGUGGUGCACGAAGAUCCGCACUGCUUGACAGCGACGAGCCCUUGGUGUAUUUCUAUGAUGAUGUCACAACGUUAUACGAAGGUUUCCAGAGGGGAAUACACGUGUCAAAUAAUGGCCCUUGUUUAGGCUCUCGGAAACCAGACCAACCCUAUGAAUGGCUUUCAUAUAAACAGGUUGCAGAAUUGUCGGAGUGCAUAGGCUCAGCACUGAUCCAGAAGGGCUUCAAGACCGCCCCAGAUCAGUUCAUUGGCAUCUUUGCUCAAAAUAGACCUGAGUGGGUGAUUAUUGAACAAGGAUGCUUUGCUUAUUCGAUGGUGAUCGUUCCACUUUAUGAUACCCUUGGAAAUGAAGCCAUCACAUACAUAGUCAACAAAGCUGAACUCUCUCUGGUUUUUGUUGACAAGCCAGAGAAGGCCAAACUCUUAUUAGAGGGUGUAGAAAAUAAGUUAAUACCAGGCCUUAAAAUCAUAGUUCUCAUGGAUGCCUACGGCAGUGAACUGGUGGAACGAGGCCAGAAGUGUGGGGUGGAAAUCAUCAGCAUGAAGGCGAUGGAGGACCUGGGAAGAGCCAACAGACGGAAGCCCAAGCCUCCAGCACCUGAAGAUCUUGCAGUAAUUUGUUUCACAAGUGGAACUACAGGCAACCCCAAAGGAGCAAUGAUCACUCAUCGAAACAUAGUGAGCGAUUGUUCAGCUUUUGUGAAAGCAACCGAGAAUACAGUCAAUCCUUGCCCAGAUGAUACUUUGAUAUCUUUCUUGCCUCUCGCGCAUAUGUUUGAGAGAGUUGUAGAGUGUGUAAUGCUGUGUCAUGGAGCUAAAAUCGGAUUUUUCCAAGGAGAUAUCAGGCUGCUCAUGGAUGAUCUCAAGGUGCUUCAGCCCACUAUCUUCCCCGUGGUUCCAAGACUGCUGAACCGGAUGUUUGACCGAAUUUUCGGACAAGCAAACACCACACUGAAGCGAUGGCUCUUGGACUUCGCCUCCAAGAGGAAAGAAGCAGAGCUUCGCAGCGGCAUCAUCAGAAACAACAGCCUGUGGGACCGGCUGAUCUUCCACAAAGUACAGUCGAGCCUGGGCGGAAGAGUCCGGCUGAUGGUGACAGGAGCCGCCCCGGUGUCUGCCACUGUGCUGACGUUCCUCAGAGCAGCCCUGGGCUGUCAGUUUUAUGAAGGCUACGGACAGACCGAGUGCACUGCUGGGUGCUGCCUGACCAUGCCUGGAGACUGGACCGCAGGCCAUGUUGGGGCCCCGAUGCCGUGCAGUUUGAUAAAACUUGUUGAUGUAGAAGAAAUGAAUUACAUGGCCGCUGAGGGCGAGGGCGAGGUGUGUGUGAAAGGGCCAAAUGUAUUUCAGGGCUACUUGAAGGACCCAGCGAAAACAGCAGAAGCUUUGGACAAAGACGGCUGGUUACACACAGGGGACAUUGGAAAAUGGUUACCAAAUGGCACGUUGAAGAUUAUUGACCGGAAAAAGCACAUAUUUAAGCUGGCACAAGGAGAAUACAUAGCCCCUGAAAAGAUUGAAAAUAUCUACGUGCGAAGUGAGCCUGUUGCUCAGGUGUUUGUCCACGGAGACAGCCUGCAGGCAUUUCUCAUUGCAAUUGUGGUACCAGAUGUUGAGACAUUAUGUUCCUGGGCCCGAAAGAGAGGAUUUGAAGGGUCCUUUGAGGAACUGUGCAGAAAUAAGGAUGUCAAAAAAGCUAUCCUCGAAGACAUGGUGAGACUUGGGAAGGAUUCUGGUCUGAAACCAUUUGAACAGACAUCAGAAUAUGAUCCUGAAUCCUAUUCUAAGAAUAGGAUGCCUGUCCUUUGUUGAGAAAGUGCAGCUUGGCUGAAAUGAGAGGAUGGAUUGGAUGGCUGGAGAGUGUUUAUCCCCCUCCAAGGCUUCCAUGCUUUUUAGACUGGUGGCCUGUGUCCUCUUUCUUCUUUUAACUGCCUUGUUUAUUGGCAGGUCAAAGGCAUCACACUGCACCCUGAAUUAUUUUCUAUCGACAAUGGCCUUCUGACUCCAACAAUGAAGGCAAAAAGGCCGGAGCUGCGGAACUAUUUCAGGUCGCAGAUAGAUGAACUCUAUUCCACUAUCAAGGUUUAGUGUGAAGAAGAAAGCUCAGAGGAAAUGGCACAGUUCCACAAUCUCUCCUCCUGCUGAUGGCCUUCAUGUUGUUAAUUUUGAAUACAGCAAGUGUAGGGAAGGAAGCGUUCGUGUUUGACUUGUCCAUUCGGGGUUCUUCUCAUAGGAAUGUUAGAGGAAACAGAACACUGCCUUACAGUCACCUCGUGUUGCAGACCAUGUUUAUGGUAAUACACACUUUCCAAAAUGAGCCUUAAAAAUUGUAAAGGGGAUACUACAAAUGUGCUAAGUUAUUUGAGACUUCCUCAGUUUAAAAAGUGGGUUUUAAAUCUUCUGUCUCCCUGUUUUUCUAAUCAAGGGGUUAGGACUUUGCUAUCUCUGAGAUGUCUGCUACUUGCUGCAAAUUCUGCAGCUGUCUGCUGCUCUGAAGAGUACAGUGCACUAGAGGGAAGUGUUCCCUUUAAAAAUAAGAACAACUGUCCUGGCUGGAGAAUCUCACAAGCGGACCAGAGAUCUUUUUAAAUCCCUGCUACUGUCCCUUCUCACAGGCAUUCACAGAACCCUUCUGAUUUGUAAGGGUUACGAAACUCAUGUUCUUCUCCAGUCCCCUGUGGUUUCUGUUGGAGCAUAAGGUUUCCAGGAAGCGGGAGGGCAGAUCCAACUCAGAACCAUGCAGAUAAGGAGGCUCCGGCAAAUGGGUGCUCAUCGGAACACGUGGAUUCUCUUUCAUGGCAGAAUGCUCCUGGACUCGGUUCUCCGGGCCUGACUCCCCUACUCCAUCCUUUUUCAGGGGUUAUUUAAAAAUCUGCCUUAGAUUCUAUAGUGAAGACAAGCAUUUCAAGAAAGAGUUACCUGGAUCAGCCAUGCUCAGCUGUGACGCCUGAAUAACUGUCUACUUUAUCUUCACUGAACCACUCACUCUGUGUAAAGGCCAACAGAUUUUUAAUGUGGUUUUCAUAUCAGAAGAUCAUGUUGGGAUUAACUUGCCUUUUUCCCCAAAAAAUAAACUCUCAGGCAAGCAUUUCUUUAAAGAUAUUAAGGGAGUAAAUAUACUUGAGUACUUAUUGAAAUGGACAGUAAUAAGCAAAUGUUCUUAUAAUGCUACCUGAUUUCUGUGAAAUGUGUUUGACAAGCCAAAAUUCUAGGAUGUAGAAAUCUGGAAAGUUCAUUUCCUGGGAUUCACUUCUCCAGGGAUUUUUUAAAGUGAAUUUGGGAAAUUAACAGCAGUUCACUUUAUUGUGAGUCUUUGCCACAUUUGACUGAAUUGAGCUGUCAUUUGUACAUUUAAAGCAGCUGUUUUGGGAUAUGUGAGAGUACAUGUAUUAUAUACAAGCACAACAGGGCUUGCACUAAAGAAUUGUCAUUGUAAUAACACUAUUUGGUAGCCUAACUUCAUAUAUGUAUUCUUAAUUGCACAAAAAGUCAAUAAUUUGUCACCCCGGGGUUUUGAAUGUUUGCUUUAAGUGUUGGCUAUUUCUAUGUUUUAUAAACCAAAACAAAAUUUCCAAAAACAAAGAAGGAAACCAAAAUAAAUAUUUCUGCAUUUCA